GGGCGAGAGCAUGGACAACUUCAACUGGGGCGUUCGCCGGCGCUCCCUGGACAGCCUGGACAAGUGCGACAUGCAGCUGCUGGAGGAGAGCCAGCUCUCGGGGAGCACGCCCAGCCUCAGCAAAAUGAACCACGAGGACUCCGACGAGUCAUCCGAGGAGGAGGACCUGACCGCCAGCCAAAUCCUGGAGCACUCCGACCUAAUUAUAAAUCUUUCUCCAUCUGAAGAUACAAAUCACAUUGACUCACUUUCUACGUCAUGUGAGACAACCUCAGCAGACCCUCAUCAUUUCAAUAUAGGAACAUCUGGCUUUGAUGUCUCUUUGCCUGACAUGAAUAAUCUCCAAGUAUCUGAAACUUCCAAGGCUGAAGCCAUCCAUGAAGAGCAAGAUACAGCAGCCCAUGAAGAUGACCUUUCUGGGUCUACAAAUGAACUGCCUGGAGCAUUUGAAUGCAGUGAUAGCCUUAGCCUGGAUAUGACAGAGACUGAGGAGAAAGUUGACAGGCUGGAACAAUUUGCUCUUGCCAGUUUUGGAGAUGCCGACCGGAACGCCUCGCCGCCUCCCUCGCCGUUUUUCUCCGCCAUCCUCGCAGCGUUUCAGCCGGCAGCGUGUGACGACGCCGAGGAGGCCUGGCGCAGCCACAUCAACCAGCUCAUGGGCGACUCCGAUGGCUCCUGCGCCGUUUAUACAUUUCAUGUGUUCUCUUCCCUGUUUAAGAAUAUUCAGAAACGAUUCUGCUUCCUAACGUGCGACGCAGCUAGUUACCUGGGAGACAACCUGCGAGGAAUAGGCUCCAAGUUUGUCAGGUCUUCUCAGAUGUUAACAUCGUGUUCGGAAUGUCCGACCCUUUUCGUAGAUGCAGAAACACUUCUCUCCUGCGGUCUUCUUGAAAAGCUGAAAUUCAGUGUUCUAGAACUGCAAGAGUAUCUGGACACAUAUAACAACAGGAAAGAAGCAACUCUCUCGUGGCUUGCAAACUGCAAGGCAACAUUUGCUGGGGGCUCACGAGACGGAGUUGUCACCUGCCAGCCAGGGGACUCAGAAGAGAAGCAAAUGGAAUCUCUUGCACAACUGGAACUGUGUCAGAGAUUAUAUAAACUCCAUUUCCAGCUGCUGUUGCUUUUUCAAUCCUACUGUAAACUUAUCGGGCAGGUGCAUGAAGUCAGCUCCAUGCCAGAGGUACGUAAGAAACACUACAAAGUCUUCUACUGAAAAAGCACUUU